AUGGCUGCUGCAUACACCGUCUUUGGAAAACAAAUUCCUGCUCAUAUCCUUUCAAUUGCUACUUUAGCUUCUGUUGCUGGUAUUGGUAUCUGGCUGUCUAUGGGUUCCAAAGCUGAACCAUCUAAAGUUCCAGCUGCUGCUCCUGUUGCCCAAUCGAAAGAAGCAGACUUUGAUUUGGAAAAAUUCAUUAACGAUUUAACUAAAGAAGAAACCAAAUAA